AGGAUUUUUUAAAAAACGAGUGAAAAUGGUAGACAGUAUGUCUUCUUUGUCGUGUUCUGAAAUUACACGAAAUCCAUUCGAUAGCGGGAUUGAAGAUCGCACAAACUGCCCAGACUUCAGUCCUUCCAUGUUCUCCAUUCAAGAAACACCGGGAAGUCAAAAGAAACGACGUAGUUUUCGAUGGUCAAUCGGGCAAAUUUCACGGUUGAAUCCUGCUGAUAUUGAAGAAUUUCCAGAUCAAGAAUACAGCACCACAUUUGAAAGGGAAGAAGAUGAAAUCGCUGCUCAAGAAAAAAUAGAUGAGUAUUUCUCUCAAAACUUUAUUGUUCCAUCUCCAUGGACACCAAACCAUGAAGCCAAACAUGUGAAGUUCUCUCCUCUGCCACCUGCAACUGCAUACAUUGAGGCUUUAAGUUCAGUAGAAUCGUCCUAUUCAUCACCAAUGUCAUCAAAUAGCAAAGCAAAGGCUGAUGCAAGCAGUCAAACAAAGCUUUCUUUACCACCAGACUUCGACCUACAAAAUCACAUUGAUGCAGCUUAUUACAAUAAGGAUGGUCUCAAUGGUAGUAAAGACACUUCAUUAUCGUCAUUGAGACGGAAGCUUUUCACACCAACAGAUACAAAAACCGCAGUAGAGAAGGAUCAGUUGACAGUGCCAACCAAUAUAAAAUCCAUCUUGAAGAGUCCUAAAAGCCCUGCUUUUGUGACUUCAAGCCCUGUAUCUGACCAAUCAACCCCAAGGCAUGCUGUGAGACAAAGGCAUUCCACAGCUAGCACCAUGUCUAGUCCAAACAUGUCUCCAAUAAAACCUUUACCCACUGUACAAGAAACACCCACAUCAGCAAGAAGGGGGUAUUUAUCGAGACAAAGCCUUAGCCCCAUGGACUGUUCGUCAGGUGUGCUUGAGUCUUCUGGAAUUGAUAUUAAAGGCGAUAUUCUUCCUGAUCUGUCUCCGAUCAAAGCAAUUGGGCAGGCAGGAAAAUCUGUUAAUGACAAAGAAGAUCCUAAUAACUCGGUCGAUGAUGGUGGUCCUCUAGAAGUAUCAGCUCUCUCCACAAAGGAAGACAACGAAGAAGAGGACUUGGAAAAGAAAGAGGAACACAUCAAUGAUUAUGAUGAUGAUGAUGAAGAUGAUGAAGAUGAGGAGAUGCCACCAAAAAUCACAAUGGAGGACUUAGCUGAUGAUUUAGAUUCUACAGAUGAUGAAAAAAUGACUGAUCAAAGCACAGAUUCUCCAGAAUUAAAGUUUACAGAAUCAUCUCCUAGGGUAAUAUCAGACCCAGGUGAAAUUGAAGCAGAGGUUUUGGAUGCCAAGGGUAAUGAAAAGGACAGCUCAAGUGUAGAGAGUGGUGGAGCAGAAGUUGAAAAAAUUGACCAAGAAUCAGAGUUUGAUAAACAUGGACAGGAUUCAAGGCCAACCAGAGACUUUCAAUCAAGACAGCAUGCAUCCACUACCAAUAGAAGUGCUCAAGCUAUGGAUUAUAGCAGUACUGACCACUACCACAAAUCUAUUCACCUUAACGAACUUGACGAGGAUGUGAUUAUAAUGAGGGCAAAAGUGGCAUUGAGAAGAGCUAAUAGGUUGUCUCCACCUAAAGGUGUAAGCAACUUCUCAUUUGAUCCCCAAAGCUUAACACUCUCUGAUUUGAGUUUAAAUGGUUCAACCGUAUGGGACCCAGUCAGAAUGUCAACACCUUUAGUUACUGAGUCAGGCAUGUCCACAACAUACAGAAGUUAUACAAGGGAUAAUGACAGUCACCAUGGAUACAAGUCCUACAGCAGAUCACGUCGGUACAAAGGUGGCGGAGUAGCAUAUACUGAUGAGUCUGGAAUUGGGAGAAGUGAAGGAGAAAUGCCUCUGUAUAACUCCCAUGGAAUCUCCGGGAAGAGACUGUCUCCAGCUCCUGUAGUGGAACACAUUAUACAAGGGAGAAAACAACAUGGAGAUUUUGAAAGGCACUACCCAUUAUCCUAUUCCAGGAAAAAGCCCAGUUCUCCAUUAUUUUCCUCUCAGAAUUACAAAAAAUGGCAGCUUUCCCAAACACAUCCAAUGUCAUACGUGGAAUGGAAAGCUCUAUACUGGAGGCCACCAAAAGAUGUUUAUUGGUGGAGAAAUGAUUACCGAUUUCACACUGACCAAUAUGGUUAUGAUACAGACGUCAACAGAUCAUCUUGGCCACCAAGACCUGUUUCGUCAAAGCUGAUUUAUGGUUCACGCCCUCUGUCUCCCCCUGUUACUUUCCCACCUGCAAAGGUUCCCAGAGCAGUACCAGGAGGUUUUGUGUCAAAGAUUGCCUUACCUUCCUAUCAAGAUAGUGACAGUGGUUACUCUGAAUGGUCACGCAGCAUCAGUCAAAGGGAGAACUUUUUAAAAAGUCAAUGCAGCUCCUCAGGAUUUGCUGGAGAUUUCCACUAUUAUUACUGAAAGAAAUGUGACCCCCUCCACUCUAAUGAGGAACAAAGGCAGAAUUUCUCAUUAUAAUAUAAAACUAAAGACAAUGUCACACGGUCAUACAAGUAUUGGGUAUAACAAACAAUGUAUAUUAGGGGGAUUUUUAGUGGAUCCAAUACCAAAUUCUCCAAACUCACAUCAUAAGAAUUGUAUAGCAGACAGUAAGGAGAAUUAUCAAUGAGAUCUGGGAAUGAAGGGUCAAAGAAGAGUUGUUUAUUUAUAAUAGUAGUGUGUAUCCCUUUAAAAAGAUAUAUCCCUUCUUGUUAGGCAUGUUCGUUAAGACAAAGGCCAUAAAAUUGUAAGGGAAUAGCUGUCACCUGCCCUUCUGGUAAGGGGCAAUUGUUUAAGGGGCCUUGGUCCAUAUGAACAAAUCAAUUCUUUCAUGUGAAUGACUCUUUAUUUUAUAACCAUUUGGCACUUUGUUACCUCUUUGUGCACAUGUGUGGAAGUUGAUGAUUAUCAUGAUUACUAUUAUAAUUUUAUAAACACAUGCAAAUUGAUAACACUUUCACAAUUUUGUGCCCCACAAAAAAGAGAAACUGUUAGUGCUAAGUGAGAGUAACAAAUACAAAAUUUCUGUUGAAUAAUUUUGUACAUUAAACUCUGUAGGUUCUGUUUUAAUCCACACGUUCCUGUACAAUUCUUUUACAAAGUUACUAGAUUUUUACCAUUGUUAUCAAAACAUUUUGUAUUACUCAUUGGUCAAGUGAUUAAAUCAAUAGGCAUGCUUUCAAUGUAACUGCAUAUUGUAAUAUGCAGUAUUUUUUGUUAAUUUACCUAGUUUGUUCAUAUGAUUAUUAUCUUAGAGUUUGUAAAUAAUUUUACCCAAUAAGUAAAAUGAUAUGAUUUCCAUAUGAGGCAGGAUUUUUGGUUCUGAUUUCAUCCUCAAAAAUCCUUUAAGUUUAAUAUUUAUGUAUACCCAUGUUAAGAUAUACUUGCAAAAGAUUGAUGAUUUUAGUUAUCUUAAAAUUUUCUUGCUCGUGUUCAAGAUCCUUGGCAAAUACUAGUUUACCUGCAAUCCAGUAUUCUUUCUCAGGCAAACAAAAUAGUUUAGCAGUAUGAGAGUCAGCAGUCAGCAAAGGGAAAAAAUGGGAAUUAUUUUUCUUUGUUUUCUGUAUGGCUGACUCCUGGGCUGCAGCAUUAUCGCAAUACCUUGUUGAGAAGAAGACGUGUUUGCAGAUUAGGUAACUCUUUGAAUUAUUUUCCUCUUUCACAUGAUCUGUUGCAGUGACCUAAAGAAACACUUGUAAAUAUUUCUCAAGAAAUUUCAGGUUCAUUUGUAAUUGGUAAUUCACCCUAAAAUCCAGUUCGUGAUUCAUUUAAAGCGUUGUACAUAGGUAUUACAUCAUUAAA